GAACUUAUUACAAGGUCGUGGACUAAAGUGUGCACCCUCACCACUCCUAUACAAACUCAUCCUCAGAACCUCAUUACAACACAGCUUCACAUACUAGUCUUGCAAGUUAUGCAAGUACGCUCGGAUUAGAAGCAACGGCCCUUUCGUAGCGAGCCUUACUGUUCAGUCGGGUGAAGAGUCUCCGACGACAUGACAGGAUGUGAUCUGCACCGGCCUAUGGUUGCCCUUGUGGCAGUGGCAGCUCUUGUUCUGAGCUUGGUGCAAGGAGCUUCAGCUGCGUGGUCGACCUUCAUAACCAAAGCUGCCUUUGAUCAGACCUAUUUCCCAGGUCAUAUUGCGUUCUACACAUACGACAGCCUCAAGGCCGCUGCAGGGGCGCCUUUCACUCAAUUCGGGAAUUCGGGAACUCUGGACGACCAGAAGCGAGAGUUAGCGGCAUUUUUUGCGCAAGUUAAGCACGAGUCUGGAGGUUUGAAGCAAAAAUACGAGCAAGGAUGUAAUAUACAGUGUCAGCAAAGUUACUGUGCUUCAUCACCUACCUACCCAUGUUCUAAGACACAACCUCCCUACUACUUUGGACGAGGUCCCAUUCAACUGUCCUGGAACUACAACUACGGUGCUUGUGGCGAUUACAUAGGCAAACCCCUUCUUAGAGAGCCAAGCCAGAUUUCCAAUAGCGCUGUAACUGCAUUCCAGACAGCACUCUGGUUCUGGAUGACCCAAGGUCCCCAUCUUGCCAAAUCAUUCUCCGGCACUACCAAAGCCAUUAACGGUGACAUCGAGUGCAAAGGAGGCGCCCACUACUCCGAAAAAGGGCACGAACAGAUGUUAAGCCGGGUCCAGUAUUACAAGAGCUUCUGCUCCGUACUUGGGGUCGACCCCGGCACCGAUCUCGAAUGCUGAUCGCGUCUGGUCGGCAUCAGGAUCCAGUGAUCCACCUAAGUUGGGUUAAAACCCCCAGUUAGGCAUGUAUCCAAUGUUGCACCAUAGCAUGUUGCUGAUGUCGCAGGCACUGUUUGGAGACACCGUUUCCUGCACAAGCAGUAGCUUCCUAAUGGCUUUUAAUUACCAUGAGACGAGUGUGAAGUAAUUCUCGUCCUCGAGAGCUCUAUUUCUUGGUUAUAGUUGUUGUGUGUGUUUCUCUUUGUAGACAGAUUCCUUUUGAUGGCGUGAGCAUAAUGUAGUGCUUAAGGCAAACACAGUGACUGAGUCGUGAGACCCUGCUGCUGGAGGCACAGCAUCGGAGUACUCAUCCAUACUGAAUAUGAAUAAAGAUUGAUGACAAACAUGUUCUCCUUGACUGCA